UCUUAUCUGCAUCUGGGAUCAGGCCCAUGAGCAGGACAAACCAGGCGAGCAUCUCCGAGUUCCUCCUCCUGGGACUCUCCAGGCAGCCCCAGCAGCAGCAUCUCCUCUUCGUGCUCUUCCUGAGCAUGUACCUGGCCACCAUCCUGGGGAACCUGCUCAUCAUCCUGGCCGUCAGCACAGACUCCCGCCUGCACACCCCCAUGUACUUCUUCCUCAGCAACCUGUCCUUUGUGGACAUCUGCUUCUCCUCCACCACCGUCCCCAAGAUGCUGGCCAAUCACAUACUCGGGACUCAAACCGUCUCCUUCUCUGGCUGUCUCACGCAGAUGUGUUUUCUCUGUGUGUUUGCUGACAUGGACAAUUACCUUCUGGCUGUGAUGGCCUAUGACCGCUUUGUCGCUGUGUGCCACCCCUUACAUUACACAGCAAAGAUGACCCAUCAGCUCUGUGCCCUGCUGGUCACUGGAUCAUGGGUGGUUACCGACUUGAAUGCUCUGCUGCACACCCUGCUGGUGGCUCGACUCUCAUUCUGUGCAGACAACACCAUCCCCCACGUCUUCUGCGAUGUGACUCCCCUCCUGAAACUCUCCUGUUCAGACACACACCUCAGUGAAGUGAUGAUUCUUACUGAGGCUGCCCUAGUCAUGAUCACCCCAUUUCUUCGCAUCCUGGCUUCCUAUAUACACAUCACCUGCGCUGUCCUGAGGGUCCCAUCCACAAAGGGAAGAUGGAAAGCCUUCUCCACCUGUGGCUCCCACCUGGCUGUGCCUCUCCUCUUCUACGGCACCAUCAUGUCUCUGUAUUUCAGCCCUUCAUCCUCCCACUCAGCUCAGAGAGAUAUAGCAGCUGCUGUGAUGUUCACAGAGGUGACUCCCAUGAAGAAUCCUUUUAUCUACAGCCUGAGGAACAAGGACAUAAAAGGGGCUCUUGUAAAAGUGGUUGCUGUGAAAUUUUUUUCUGUUCAAUAA